AUGGAAAAGCAAGGGAAUUUGUUUUGCCGCGCGAUAGGAAAAGGUGCCCCUGGUGCUGGCAAUCGAGAAGAUGAAGGCAGCUGGCGCCGCCCACCGGCCAACCGCGAGAAUGCAGAAUCCUGGCGGAAGGACGACGAUGCCCGGGUGGAGCGGGCGCAGCGGGAGAGGUUGGCAGAGGAGAGACGUCACCAAGCUGAGCGCGAAGCGCGGGAACAGGCCGAACGUGAGAAACUCAGGUGA